CGCACUCAACACGUACCAAGGGUCAAUUCUUCGUCUAUCUCACAGUGAUCCAAUAGCCCACUGUUUGCGCCAACCCAACUAUUCUCCAAACAAUGACUGAACUCCUAUGGCGCAGUCGCGGAGCUGCGCCGCUUUUGUCAUCCCUUCGCUGUUCCCGCAGCUAUUCAACUCAUCACGCCGCCAGAAUACCCAGCUGCAACCCCAUAUUACUUAUUGGUAGACACCAAACAGAUAACCCAUCAUUGCGAAACCAGCAUUCUUCGAACUAUAAGUCCACUCCCUCCAUCCCCCGCCAAACACCAGGGCAGCGCAUCCCACGAUCAUACCUCCCCCAAUCGAGACACCACCACACCUCGCGUGCAAACAACAACAAUGAAUCAUUUACCAACAACAACACCACCAAACCCAUAUCCCUCCCAACAACCCCGGACCCCGACCUCCCACACCUCAACGCCUCGCAAAAUGUGCACAUGACCAAAAUAUCCAGCAAACCCAUAACCUCCCGCCUCGCAACAGCAACCUGCCAUAUCCAAUUCUCCAACCCGCGGCCCUGGGAGAUCCUGCGCGACGGCGGGAUGACCAAAAAGGGGGAUGUGUUUAGUGUAGCGCGCAUCGCGGGGAUUAUGGCUGCGAAGAGGACACCGGAUAUUAUACCCCUGUGUCAUCCGGGGAUAGGGAUCACGGGGGUGGAGGUAGAAGUGGAGUUGGUUGGGCCGGAGGCUGCGUCGACUAAGCAUGGUGAUAAUGGUGUGGAUAAGGGGAUGGUAGUUGAGGGGGUGAGGCUGUUGGAGAAGAAGGGGGGGAAGAGUGGGCAUUGGGUUAGGGAAGAUUCUACGAGUAGUAGUAGAGGUGGUUCUGAGAAGUGA